AUGGAGGAACCCACAAUCCCGGAGCCUCCUCCGGUUCCCCAGACUGAACCACAAGGUUUCAGUAAAUCCAAUCGAACCUGGACCACUCCCGCCGACUUAGACACCAUGUGGAGCUCCGGCCGCAGCAAUGGGCGCGCGUCAAUCUCAUCCGGUUCUGAUAGACCUAAAUCACAAGCGGGCGAAGUAGCCGAAACCGCAAAGGCAGGUUCCAGCGGGUUUUCCAAGCUACUGAAUGCUCGGCGGAAGCGAAAGAAGGAGAAGGAGCAGAAGCAAACGGAGGAACUGUCACUAGUCUCGGAGAAUGAUCGGGACCUACAGGAGAGUCGAUCAAACGAGUCUCGCGGCGAGUCCUCGUCGGCGAAUGACAAUCUGAACCCGCCGGGCGAAGUCAUCAAUCUUCUAACUGACGAUUCUGAGCCUGAUCGGACUCCUCCUCUCACUACUCGAAAUUCCCAUACCGGCUUCUUCACUUCCUCCUCACCAUUAAUCAAGACUACCUCUGUGGACCCGAAUGACACCGACGAGGCGCAGGCAGACGCCGAAUCCACCGUCAGUGGGCCAAGUGCAACUGGCUCGGAGACUUUCCUGGAAGGAGAACUCUCCAGACCCGCUACCUCAUCGGGCCCUAUGUUGAGUAUCCCAGAGGAGCGCAGCAGUAAGAAGCGCAGCGUCUCGCCGGGCAGGCGGCUGAAAAAAGCGUUUAGCUCAAAUUCAAACAAGAAGGAUUCCAGUCGCGAACGAGCACCUUCUACCUCGGGCGAGAGCAAGACGAGCGGCGGCCUACUAAGCAGAAGAAGCAGCCUCUCGUCGAAGCGCAGCCAGACCAUGUCCAUCGAGCCCCCGCCUGUACCCACACCAAUUCUGACGGACGUCAAGGAGGACAAGCCUCUGCGGAUUCCUGAUGGACCCAACCCGCCGAGAACGCCGCCACAUACUGCGCAUCCUGCACCUCAAACCACCGUGACCCCUCCCACUCCGACUAAUAGUCGCUCAGAAUUCCCUAAAUUAUUCUCCUCCCCUGACGUCACAGAGUCUCCAGAGUCCGUCAAGUCGAAGGACCUACUACCGUCAGGCGUCAUUGUAAGCACGUCUGGAAACAUGAUCUCGCACCGACGCGUGCGGUCUGCAUCCUCCGCGUCUCACAAGCCUAGUAAACUCUCAAACUCUAUAUCCGCGUUGACCCCUACCGCCGAAGAACCUAAAUCUACUUCCAGGUCUCCGUCCAGCAACCAGCAAACUGGUUUCUUCUCCUCCGUAUUUUCCGCCGCCCAGAAUGCCGCGUCGACUCUGAGUAGCAGCCUCAAUCCACAAGCCAAGGCACGAACAGUGGCCCAACCUGAACUUGCAGCCUCCGACGAAUCACAGCCCAAGGGCACAGCGGAAGGCUCGAAAGAGAAUGAGAGGCCAACUGGGGAGAGGAAACCAUCUGCCAUCGAUACGCUGGGGUCUGGAGACUUAAAUUUCAGCCAUCUUGACAUUGAUGUGCCUUCUGGCGGCGUUUCGACUCCCGAUGGCGUUGUGAUCACGAAGCCUGAUAGGGCGCCUGAGAAACGUGCCGCAUACCAGAAGGAUGAGGAGGCAGCAAGACUUGAGGAUCAACACGCUGCGCGUGCGGUCUAUAUGGCUUAUGAAAAACCUUCUGAACAAUCGUCAGCGCAUCCGGCGGAGGAGGGCCUGGAGUUGCAAUCAACCAACUCCCUUUCACGCACAGAUGAUCAGACCACUCCGAGCGGUAGCAUAUUCGAGGGCGAAAGUGGCACUCGGCCUCAUCGAAGCGGAAGCGUGCGAAGUCGACUGGCUCAGAGGCGUCAUCGAGGCUCUUCCGGUGCGACCGCAUCAACGGUGGGACUGGUUGGGGCUAGCGCCAUUGCUCUGGGGGUACCGGGCGCCAAUGCCAGUGUGCCUCGCCUGACCGGGUUCGCUGUGGCGAGCAAGAAGAGGAACCGGGAUUUCCAUCAACUGUUCCGUAGUGUUCCCGAGGAUGACUACCUCAUUGAAGAUUACAGCUGUGCCUUGCAGAGAGAGAUCAUCCUGGCGGGGCGUAUCUACAUCUCCGAAGGGCACAUUUGCUUCUCCAGCAAUAUCCUUGGCUGGGUUACCACUCUCGUCAUCAGUUUCGAUGAAAUCGUCGCCAUAGAGAAGGAAUCAACCGCGAUGGUGUUUCCCAAUGCAAUAGCCAUCCAGACAUUGCAUGCUCGUCAUACAUUCCGAAGUCUACUCAGUCGAGAGUCCACCUAUGACCUGAUGGUAAACAUCUGGAAGAUCAACCACCCGGCCCUCAAGAGCUCCGUCAACGGAACCAGGGUUGCGACCGGUACCGGUGAUAAAACCGAAAAGGCUGGCGAGAGCGAUGUUGAGAGCGAUGUUGACGAGGAAGACGAGAUCUAUGACGAGGAUGAGGAGGGAGACAAUGCUGAAAGCGUCUUCGGACCAGGAGGCGCCAGUGCGAACGGCAGCGAGCGCUCACUCCCUACGAAAGGACUCAGCCGGCAAGCCUCCGGCCUGCUUCAGAAUGGCAAUGGUACAGCGCCGACUGCGAUGCCCAACUUCAACGGAGAGUCGAAGUCUGGCAAACCGAGUCCAGGUGGGGAUGCAGAUGCUGACUUCCCGGGCCCGGCGACUCACCCGCCAACGGAGUAUACCGAGCCCAACGGCCAGUAUGACAAAGUCAUCAAAGACGAAAUCAUCCCAGCUCCUCUCGGUAAAGUGUAUUCUUAUGUCUUUGGACCGGCAUCCGGCUCGUUCAUUCCCAAGUUUCUUGUUGAAAACCAGAAGUCGGGCGAACUCCAGUUCGAGAGUGAAACGAAAGGCCUUACAACCGAAAGCCAAACCAGGAAGUAUUCAUACAUCAAACCACUCAAUGGCUCCAUUGGUCCCAAGCAGACCAAGUGCAUCAGCACUGAAACCUUGGAUUUUCUGGACCUAGAGAAAGCUGUUCUCGUCACGCUUUCGACACAGACUCCCGAUGUGCCAAGUGGGAAUGUAUUUUGCACCAAGACCAAAUAUUUGUUCACAUGGGCACCGGGCAAUCAAACACGGUUUUUUAUGACUUGCACGAUUGAAUGGUCGGGCAAGAGUUGGUUGAAAGGUCCUAUCGAAAAGGGUGCCAUUGAUGGCCAGACCACAUUCGGCAACGAGCUUGUCGCUGCCCUCAAAGCCGCUGUUGCUCCCCGUGCUCGUGGCGCUGGCGCUACCAAAGCAGGCGGUAAAAAUGGUAAACGUAGAAAGACCGAUACGGGGCCCGAAGAGGCAGCCACUGCGGCCUCUAACACAACUCAGGGUGCGAAUGUGUCGCAUGCCAAGUCUUGGGGUUUUCUAGAGCCGGUCCAUGGGCUGCUUGGGCCUGUUGUGGAUAUCCUCAAACCGGUGUUGAAUGGCAAUGUUGCUGUUCUGGUUAUUGGCAUUUUGCUUUUCAUGGUCUUGUUCCGAAGCCCUUCUCAAGCCUCGCGGGUGUCGCAUGAUAUAGGAUGUCCUGGUUAUUCCUUGCCUCAGCGGCUGGCUGCCUAUGAAGAGAUGUGGCGAAGGGAGGAGAGUGAACUCUGGAGCUGGCUGGAGGAUCGAGUUGGCAUGGAGGGGAUGGCCUUUCCGGCAGCUAGCCGACCCACCGAUUCCCAGCUGCGCCAAGGUUCCCUUCAGCUGCAGGACAAGCUGCGCAAUGAGAGGAUGUCUGAUCGCGAGGUGAACCAUGCUAUCAGGACUACUCGCGAGCGGCUCGACGUCCUCGAAGAGAUGUUGAGCAGACGAAACUCGCAAAAGACCACCGACGAUGAGGCGCUACAUCGAGAACUGUGA